CGGCAGCAGCAGCAGCAGUAGCUGUAGCGCAACUAUUAUCAACUCAAUUUGAAUAAAUUCGCUCGUGACACAAAAGUAAAGAAGGGGAAAACGCUGAAAUUCCCACCUUAAAUUAAAUAAGCAAUGAGUUUGUCUCGCAAAAAAAUGAAGGGGAGAGGGGGGAUGGGAAGACAGAAAUAAAAAGGUUCGGGGCGGUCGCACAAUUGGCACUUGAAAGGCAUCAAGAUACAAUGGCAAUAACUGCAGCAGCAGCAGCAGCAGCAACAGCAGCAGCGGCGGUAAACAAGCUAAACAAGUAUUGCUGUGCCGAGAAGCAGCAGCAGCAACAGCAGCCGCAGCAGCAACAGCAACAUCAGCAGAUAAAAGGCAGACAAAAGGCACGAGAUGUGAGAGACGUCUAGGGUUGCUGCUGUGCCGCCACUGCUGCCCCUGCUGCAUGGGAAUUGAAUUCCAUUCAAAAGACGGCAGCAGGCUGUUUGUCAUACUUGCAACAGCAACAACAGCAGCAACCAAACCAAGCAUGGCCAAGAAGCAGAACCCAGUGAAAUGGCUUACAUGCAUUUCACUGCCUCUCCGCCAGCAGGCGUGUUGAGGUGUGUUGAGAUAGCAUCUUGCAUAAAAUUACUGCCAGUGGUAGGAGCAACAUCAGCAUCUCCACCAGCAGCAGCAGCAGCAAGAGCAACAGCAGAAGCAGCAGGAGCAGGAGCAGCAGCCACCAGCGACGUGGUUGCCUGAUGCUAUGCCACUGAUAGCCUCGAAAUUGUUGGCAGUUGCAAUUUGCUGUUUGGAAUUUUAAGCGAGCCAACAAUGAAGUUCAAACCAAAGUGAGGGAAAGACAAAAAAAAAAAAAAAAAAAAAGAUAAAAAGCAAGGGAACCCAAAGGAUGAAAGCCAGCGGAGCCCGACAGCAACAUCAUUCUCAUGCUCAUCAGCAAAAAGUUUAACCCGUCACUGGUUUCGAUUUUCGAUUGCCUUUAAAAAAGAUUCGAUUUUCGAGACAAAGGAAGUCUCUACAUUGUUGCAACUCAAAUUGGUUUUACUCACAGUUUUUGGAAUAGCAAUUUGUCAUGUUCGCAUAAUGCGGAUAAACUUUUUGGAAAUUGGACUUUUCUGCUUGUUU